AUGUUGUCGUUGACUCAUUAUUUGCUCCUUUUAUCUGCGAUAAGAGAGUCAACGGCCUCUUUAAGGGGAGUCCCUGAUGCUCUACGACACCUUUACAGUCCGUUAGAAUCCGAUCCAACUAAAUGGGCCUGUUUGAGCGAUCCCUCAAUCGUUUUGAAUUAUUCUCAGAUUAAUGAUGACUACUGUGACUGUCCUGAUGGUUCAGAUGAGCCCGGCACAAGUGCCUGUGGCUCAUUGUCACGAUUCUACUGUUCGAACGAAGGUUUCGCUUCGAGAUUCAUAUCUGGAUUCAAAGUCGACGACGGCGUGUGCGAUUGUUGCGAUUGUUCCGACGAGGAAUCCAGCAGUACUUUAUCCGGUUACAGCUGUAGUCAAUUGAAUCAUGAGUUUGAUGAUCUGUUGAAGCAGGAGACUGGUAGGCAUCGACGUGGUGUUCUGGCCCUUCAAGACAUGGAAAGCAAGUCUCUUCCAAAGGCUCAAGAAGAAGAAGCCACGGACGCAGAAACAACUGUCAAGCAGACCGAGGCUGACUAUGCUUCAAGUAAUGAAAAAUACAAGACCUGCAUUUCAGACUUGGCAGCCGCACGGAAUCUUUAUAACGACAAGUUGCAGCGCGAAAAUCCUCUAAUGCUUCGCUUGGAGCAAAUUGGCAUUACUCAAUUAUCUUCCUCCAUUGUCGAGAUAUUUACCCAGGCAGAAUUGUAUUCAAACACUUACCAUGAACUCGUGGAAAUUUUGAAGACCCUCGAGGACACCUACAACGAAAAUCUAAAUGACGACAUUGUCAAUCAGAAUGUGCAGAAGUUUAGUGAAUACAUGCGGAACAGCGCCGAGAUAGGAAGCGUCAGUGGCACUUUUGAUCGCACUCAGCGGGAUCAAAUUACCAGCUACUUCAAUGAAGAGCUACCCAGUAUGAUUCUUCAAGGAUCCAGUCGCCUGCCGCCAAAAGCGAUAGAGGGCAAAUGUUCUAUGGCCAAAACUUUGGUGGAAAUUAAGAUUGAGUAUUGCCAGAGGAUGCAUGAGGUUCUUCGGAACCUGACCACAAUUAUGGACGAUGUGUCAACUAACUACAACGUCAAUUUUCAAGACGCGGGGGUCAGAAAUGCUGUCAGAAGCUACAGAGAGUUUUUGACCAAGAAAUCAUUUGUCUUCGAACCAUUGAGUAUUCCCACCGAUGUCCGAGGAAGGCUACAAGAUGUGGAGGUGUUGGUCAAAACCGUCUCGUCGGAGCUCCUUACUCCUUCAUGGGAGGAAGAAAAGUCGUUUCAAUCGGUCCUAAGGGGUUUUGUUUUCAAAGUGAAGAAUGCCUUCGCCAACCAAAAAACGGAGCUGCAGUCACUCAAAUCAAAAAUCGGUGCCCUGGAACAAACGUGUACAACGCUAAGAAAAGAGUACAGAGCGAAAGCUGCACAGUUAAGACAGCUGAGGAAAGAAUACUCAGAGGAAAAAAAUGUUCAAGCAAGUGAUCUCACGAAUAAAAAAAUGGGAAAUCUUUUAGCUACAGUAUCCCCUAGUUGUGCUGAAGAAAAAAUCGAUGAGUACAUUUACCAAAUAUGUUACAACAGUCAAGAUGGCGUGAUUAUCCAGCAGGAGGAUAAGGCCGGAGGUAAACAGGUAGUAAUAGGUCGUUUUGACUCGCACCAAGUUGACCCCAAAACAGCGUCGGAUCGAUACGCUGGAGAAUUGGCGAUAAAACAUUCCGAGACUGAUCUGAUUGCUCAUUUGGAAAGCGAUUUGGCUAACUACGAAACCGAGUUGCUGAUGGGGAAUUUGCCGCAAAUAAACAACGGGCUGUUCUUACAGUAUUCUAACGGUGACAAAUGUUGGAAUGGCCCUCAGAGAUCUGCUCGGGUGUAUUUCAAGUGCGACGAGCACUUCAAAAUUCAUGGCGUACAAGAACUCACCAGAUGUCAGUACGCCUUCGAUGUAAGUGGACCUUUGGGCUGUAACACCGACUUCGUUUUCACAGCACCCGAGUGGCUUGAAUCACAAAACUAA